GUGGGACAUGUGCAAGGACAGAUGGACAUCAUAGUUGAAAUGUCCAGCAGGAAAACAUUGAGAGCUCUUUCACACGGGAUGACUUGUCCGUCUGCAGCAGAGUAAUGUGAGGCCUCAAGCAUGGAUGAUUUGGAUCACAGCAUUCACAUUGCAGAGAAUGACUGGAUUAGCUUCCACGAUGACAGCGAGGAAUGUAAUCUGCUGCAGGCCUCGCUUGCCUUCCCCGAUGAUUCCAGCCUCAGCGACUCGGAGGAUUCAGGAAACUUCGACACAGGCCAACAGGAGACAAACGGGAGCACAGACAGCAACACCGCCCAGGAGAGCCGCACAGGUGGCAUACAACUAGUAGAGCAGCUUUUUCAAAGUGAUGCAACAUGUAUGAAACAGGGGGAAAUAAGUGUCAGCUGUCCAGAAACAAACACAAUCUCCACAAAGUCUGCAGACGAAGAGAUUGCACAAGAAAUUCUGGCCAAGACAAGCGACGGCAACACUAGCACGCCGCAAACAAAUCCACUGAGCAAUUACAAUUCAGAAGGGAGAGGAAAGUUGUCAAGGGAUGGGGCUGCACGAAUGACAAGUGACCUCAAAUCCACCAAGAAACCUGACCUACUUUCCUGCAAACAAGCAGCGCCGAGUGCGAGCGAGCCGGACGCCACGGGCAGAGCGGAGAAGGAGCGCUGGUUCGUGACUGUGAAUGAUAAUCUGGCAUGGCGGCGAGGGCGUUCUACCUCUGUGAAAAAAAAACUCAAACAAAAAAACCCUGGUGAGGGAGAAAAGGUUCAAAAUUCAGAUACCGAACGAGAGCGCGAACAAUCAAGAAGCCUUCAGUUGAACCGAAAUAAAGAAUCUGGAGACUUGUCAGAAGAACCGCUUAUUUCUCGGUCAGUUGCAGCGAUGAACAGAGACAAAUGGGAGCCAGGGAGCUCAGCACACACGUCCUACGACAGCUUCUCACCCUCACCGACAGCGUUGGAGCGCUUGCAGUGUUCACAGCUUCGACAUGGUGCUGAAUUCUCCUCCACUGGCAGCUGGGAUUCUGACAGCUAUUUGUCAGCUGUUGAGUCGGUGGAGGAAGCUCAGCAUCCUCUUGAAGAGCAUCUCAUUGAACGCCUUCCUCUGGAAUCCCCAUUAUCCCCAACAUGUGACAACCAAAACAUCAGCUUGACCCUCUCCAUUGACGCAACAGCAGCAAAUUAUGAUGGUUAUGCCACUCCGGAGACCCCGUUCACUCCUCUAUCUCCAGAAAUACCAGAUGAAAACUCCACUUAUGGAAAUGACACAUGUUCUGAAACCCACCCACCACCUUCACCAUCUGGUGGCUCCCGGGAGGAUCAGCUCAGUCCGGAUUCAGCUCAGUCACUUUGCUCUGCAGCAGACAGCCCAGAAACAUUCGCCAAAGCUGCAGGCCAGGCUCAGCCAGUGUAUGCAAUCUCUGCGUUCUGGGACGAAGUGGAAAAACUGACUAUAAACGAUAUUUUGCAGAUCAGAAUGGGGAUAAGCUGUAGAUCAACAGAAGAAACAGCAGGACCCGACGCAAGCGACCUUCCCACAGACACCAGCCAAGCUGGUCCUCUUGAUAACUCAAUGAUGGACACGUCUGACGCCGCAGACUCGGACUACUUCACACAGCCGGAUGAAUCCAAGCGUGACCGGUCAGUCUGCGAGUUUUCAACCUCAGAUUUUGAGGAAGAGUCCUGGCAGUUUGCUAAUUUCAGUAAAAACUCUAGCCCUGACCUUCAGAACAAAUCCCAACGGAGUGCCUCUUGCCUUUUUUUAGACGAGGACGACUCCACCGAUUAUGAUCGAAGAGAAACCCCCGUUGCUCUAGACCGAAGUCUUGACUGCCAACACUUCCAAAAUGUGAUCCCCUGCCAAAGAAGGAUGACAAAAAGCAGAAGUAUGUACAACGUACAGGCUCUCACCACAGAGGACGUAGCUCCACUACCUUCUAUUAGUAUUGACCAGAAUGAUUUGCCUCUUAGUGGGGAUCAACCUCUGGAGGCUUUUUUAUCCCACACAGACUUACAGGAUUACAGAAUAUCCUUCCCGGAAAUCUUUGAGUAUUUUUUCACAGAAUCUGACGACAGCACACCAUCACAGUUUCUCUCUGUUCGUGAUCCUGAAGAGAUGUUCGUGUCUCGUGUCUUUCACUCUCCUCUCUGUACAUUCAGAGAAGAUCCAUGGACCGCUCCUUUCCAGUGUAGCCCAGAGAAACCCAUCCCAAUCUUCUCUUGCUCUCGUCCUGCUGUCCAAGACCUCACAUUCCCAAAUCCGCAUGUUUUCCUGAGCACAGACUGUGAGGAGGUGGACAAAGUGUCUCCAAUGAGACUCACGUCUCAUUCGUUUUUUCACGACAGUCCGCGCGGAUCCUCAGGAGCAGCAGGUGUGGGUGGAUCUAACAGUUGGAAAAGUUUUCUAUCUUUGAGGAAAAUUCGCUUUCCAGACAAAGGCAGCAUCUGCUGCAGCGAGUCGGGCGCCUGGAUAUUUCCUGUUGACACUGAAGAGAUCCGGAUGGGGAGUCGGAAUCAGGCAGUGACAUCGUUCAGUGAGAGGAGAGCUUGUCUGGACUUUUCUCAGGAUUUCAGAGAGCUGGAAGAGCAAUGCUGGAUUUCGGAAACUGUAUGGACAACAAAGCGAGAAGGCCUCUUCUCCAGAGUGAAGCAGUCAGACAUGUGUUUAGUCUGCAUCGCUUUUGCCUCUUGGGUGCUGAGAUCUUCUAAUCCAGAGGCUGCAGAUGCCUGGAAAGCAGCUCUUCUAGCAAACGUGAGUGCACUGUCUGCAAUCCAGUACCUGCGGCAGUACGUGACGAUGAAGAACCCUCCCAGAGACGACCUCUGACAGGAACACAAACAAGAAGAAACUGUAAACAUUCUCACUCGGGUCCACGUUGAUUAAAAAAAACACAGAAAACAUUCACAGUCAGCUACACAUUAGCUGGAGGUUGGUGAAGUAGAAAGGAGGAGUCAAUCUGUGAACUCCCCAUAAUGCAAAACAAACUAACCAAAUAAUCAGUUUCAACUGCAACCAGGAUUCAGUAAAUUAAAAAAUCUGAAUUAGUAUUUAAUGACUGACCAGUGUUGGCUAUGUACAUCUCUGCUCAAAAAUAACAUAAAUAUGUUUAAAAAAUACAGUCAGAAAAGCUCCAAAUACUUCUAAUAACUUUUAUUGGUAAAUGCAUUGGGAACACUGCACCAUCUAUUCCAAAUCAAAACAGGAAGAACAUAUUACGGUAUAUGCGUUAAUUGUUUGUUUCAAUAAUUAGUUUUAAAACAGACACACUCAAAGUUUGAGCUUUUAUCUGAGUUACUAAACUAAUAUUUCACUUUAUAAACAGUUUCUGAGAGCUGCUUCACAUCUACGUUGACCAACUUUUGUCACCUGUGAACAUUUAUUCUAGGCUGGAGUGGUUGGGCAUCUCGCUGUUGCUCUGUAUUUCUUGGUUUUACCUCAGGAAAUGCACAUCUAAUGUCACCCCACACAUUUUCCGCUGGACUGCGGCCUGAUUGCUUCAUGAAACUGAUCUUGUGGGUCUGGAACCGCAACGCUGCUCGCUUGCUGAUGUGUUUGGGAUCACUGUCUUGUUGAAACACACUUGAGCAUUUGUUCUUUGACAAAAGGCAAUACUUCUUCAAAAUCUAUUCAAAAUAUGAAUUCAAACUAAUCCACAAUCCUUUGUAUGCAACAAAUAGGCCCAACACCAUAGCAUAAGAAACAUCUCCAUAGCCUUGAUGCGACUUGACUACCAGUCUGGGUUGACAAAACUGUCUGCACCACCCAGUCCGUAAAAGACAGCCAUAAACAUAUUAUUAGUAGUACAUAUAUUUGUAAGGGUUUUGUUGCUGAAUGUGUAAUAAAGAUAAAAAUUAGCUCAAUGGUUAUCUCAAUACUUUCUUGUUAAGAAAAAAAAAUAUUUUCCACAUGUAACUGACCUCUGACUAUUACUGUAAUAAAAUGUUGCUGAACCAAAAUGACUGGGAUCUGCAGAGCUGGUUUACUGAUGAUGAGGAAAUUCAAUGAUUUGAUUCAGGUGUGUUGAAGCAAGGAUGUACCUGAAGGAUGCAGGACAGUAGCUCUGGACUUGGACACACCUACUGUGGAAUAAUUUGGUAUCUGAUGAAGCCACAUUUGAACCUUUAGUCCACUAAAACAUUGUGCGUCACCAAUUCAAUAUGCUUGCAGUAAAACACGGUGGUGACGGCAUCAUGGUGUGGGGUUAUUUUCUUUAGGAGAAACGAGGGUUUUGUUGGGGUGGAUGAAAUUAUUGAGUUACAAAUUGUAGAUGGCGGCACCUCGUUUUUGAGUUAUUUUUGCUUUUUGUGAACAUUAAAUCUACUGAUCAUGCUUCACAUCUGAAGAAGUCGGAUGUUUUAUUUUAUAAGUAGAUUUUAAAUCCGAUAGUUAAUAUGUGCCGUGAACAAGAGAUGUCCUCACAGAGGGUUAAGUUGAUGUAAAAAUGCUGAUAAAAGACUGAAUGCUGAAACUUUUCAUAACAGCAGGCAUGCAAUUAUUUUGUUACUUGUUUACAUUUGCCAUUUAACUGAUUUGUUUUUCAGUUAAACGGUAGAUAUAAAUUACACUAUAAAGGUGGAAAAUGUGACGCGAGAAUUUAUUGUGGUCUCAUUAAACAACAUUAUAAAACCUGGA